UCUCACUCUUUUUGUUGCAAUGUAAAAUCUCUCUCUUUUUUUCCCUUUUGGCUUCUUUAUUUGAAAUUCCUUAAGCUGCUGACACCUUAGCUAUCUCUUGUUGUGUUUCUCUUUUCUCAAACUCUUUUUGUUUUCAUUAAUAACUGGAUCUUGAUUUCUUUUUCUUCACCAAACUAACAAUUUUGGGGUGUUUUUGCUCAAAAAAGAUUCUUACUUUUUGUUCAUUUACUCAUUUUUAAAGCUUGGGGUUUUGCAUUACCAUUUCAUCUUUCAAUUUUGUUUAAUGGGUCUUCAAAAAGUUUGAGUCUUGGGUAUUGUAUAAUUCAUGUUUUUGAGUUUUUGAGUUCAUUUUUUUUUUUAAAAGGGGUUCUUGUAUAUUGAGUUUUAAGCUUAAUUUCUGUGUUUUUUUUUCUCUGUGUUGAAUUCUGUUGAUUUUUUGUUGAGAGAUACUGAUAAGUGGUCACUAGCUCCCAAGACUUUGUUGGACUGCUUCACUAGCUUUCUUAAUUCAGUUUGUGAUAUUAAGCUCGACUGGCUUCGUCGUGAACGAGGUCACUCGCUUGGAACGAUAUGAGCAUCAAAAGUGAAACCGAGGAAAGGAUGACAUCCAAAGUUGACAUGGAUUCACCAGAUGAAGCUAGCGGUGGAGAUUUAGGAGAAAGUGUACCACUUAAAAAAGGUCCCUGGACUUCUGCGGAAGAUGUAAUUUUAGUGGAUUAUGUAAUGACACAUGGUGAGGGGAACUGGAAUGCUGUACAGAGGCAUUCAGGACUUGCUCGUUGUGGUAAAAGUUGCCGCUUGCGGUGGGCAAAUCACCUGAGACCAGAUUUAAAGAAAGGUGCAUUCACACCAGAGGAAGAGCAGCGGAUAGUUGAACUGCAUGCUAAAAUGGGAAAUAAAUGGGCACGCAUGGCUGUUGAGUUGCCUGGCCGUACAGAUAAUGAGAUAAAGAACUACUGGAACACUAGAAUAAAGAGACGACAACGUGCAGGCUUGCCAAUUUACCCUGCAGAUAUUUCUUUCAUGGCAAGUCAGAACAAACAAAAUGAGGAAUUGGGUGCAUUCUCCUCCGCAGAUGCACAAAAUCCUGAUGUCUUGGGAAUUAACAAUUUUGAGAUUCCUGCUGUGGAGUUCAAAAAAUUGGAACUCACUCAUCUGUUGUAUCCGCCACAACUUGCAGACAUUCCUGCUCGUAGCUUGCUUAAUGAUCCUGUAAGUAACUUUCUGUCCCAGGGUCAUAGAGCUCCCUAUAGUAGUACAUAUUUCCUUUCUACAACUUAUCCUGCAAAGCGUAUACGAGGAUCAGAAUCUGUGUUCUCCGGUUCAAAUGGUGAUCUCCUCAACUCCUUGCAAUAUCAGAAUGACGGUUCUUUGCUUGCUCAAGCUCAAGCUCAACCCUUGGAUUUUUCUUCAUAUAAUCAUAAUUUAACAUAUGAUGAUCAGCGAGCAAUCUCAAAUAUAGUUCCGGGCGGCCAUGCCUAUUUAAAUGGCAACUCCUCUUCAGAGCCCACAUGGGCAAUGAAGCUGGAGCUCCCUUCACUCCAAAACCAGACAGAGAACUGGGGUUCACCUCAUUCGGCUCUUCCUUCAUUAGACUCUGUUGAUAUUCUAAUUCAAUCCCCUCCAGCUGGACAUAGUGAAUCCGGUAGUCUGUCACCUAGCAACAGUGGUCUACUGGAUGCUGUGCUUCAUGAAUCUCAAACUAUGAAAGCUUCAAAUGAUAACUCAUACCAAGGGAACGAGACAUCUGGUAAUGCAGUCAAUAAUUCAUGUCCAGAUCUCAAAGGAUGUGAUAUUUAUGGGCAUCCAGUCUCUCCUUUAAGUCAAUUCUCUGCAUCAGUAUUCAGUGACUACGCCCCUAUCAAUGAAAGUUCAUUACACGAGUUCCCGUCAAUGGCCACAAUGCCAGGAGGCGAGAUUAAGCAAGAGAUUGGCGAUCUAUCCCCCUUGGACGAUGAAGACAACACAUCAAACCAGACGAUCUUUUCCAGUCCCAAGACACAGCAUGCUAAUAACCAUCUGGCUUCGAAAGAUCCUUUUGGUUCUUGCUUUUUCGAUGAUUGCGACUGGGAUUGCAAGCAAAUCCAUGCAGUAACCACAUCAUCAGGUCAAGCUAAUGGACACAAUUCUUGUUCUUGGGAUGCCAUAUCAGCCAUGGAAGCAACAGGAAGAAUGAGAUUAUGACAGUUUUGAAGUUUUGGUAACAUCUUUCGAUACAACAGGUUGUUAUCUAAUGACACUGAGCAUGUAAUAUGAAAACACUUCUGGAUUUUCCUGUGUGCUUCGGUUUAAGGCAAUUUAGAGACAAACAAUGAAACUUUUUUUAAUGUGGGAUCAAAUUGGACUUUGCCUUAUCUCAACUGUGUGGGCUGUUUUCGAUAUUUCAUAUCGAAAACAAGUAGAACAUAGAUGCACUAGUUAGCUUGAAGCAAUUAAUUUGAAAUAAAACGUAACCAGGUGCACUAAGUUCCUGUU